AUGGCAGAAAAUGUCCUUUAUGCUGACCUGAACUUGCCUGAACCAACUAGACCCAGAAUCCUAAUGCUCCCUGAUGUCCAAGGCUCAGAUUGUACCUAUGCAGAAGUGAAAGUGAAAGCCCAAGACGCAAAUGCUGCAGCAAACUGCAAAUCAGCAGGUAAAAGCCGUUGUUCCAGAAAAUAUGUCGCUAUAUUGGUGGUGAUAAUCCUCGUACUGGUCCUGGCAGUAUAUUUAGUAAUCACAUAUGGUCCAACUGCAAACAGCCAACAGGAAUUAACAACAACCAUCCCUGAAGAGGCACUAGGCUGCCCCCCACCAUGGAAAAAACGUGAGAGAAAAUGCUACUUCUUUUCUCCAGAGGUGAAACCAAAGGACUGGAAUGCCUCCCGUGCAGAAUGCACUGCCAUGGGCUCAGACCUGGUGGUCAUUGACAGCAGGGAAGAGCUGAGAUACCUGCACUCACUAUCAAGAUAUAACUACUACUUACUUGGUCUCACAUACUCUCAAGAGGAGCAGAAGUGGAAGUGGAUCAACAACAUGGAACAUGACCCAGCCAUGUUCAGUCUAAGCAGAAAGUAUAAUGACUAUCACUGCACAGUCAUUGGAUUUGGUGAAGUACAUACUGAAAAUUGUGGUGGAUCCUCAACAACACAAAAUAUGUGUGAAAAAGCUGCAACAAUGACAAAAAGGCAUCAGAAGGAGAGCUAA